GUUACCUUACCCGCAAAACAAUUUUAUAUCGUUGACUGAAAAUAAGCUUUUAAAAAUGCAAACAGUGCCAGCGUUAGGUUACGCGAAUACUUGUGGGCAGUUGUUUUUUCUUUUUUUUAAUAUAAUAAUAAACUUUGUUCCUCUUUUGAUAAAAAGUGCACGUCGAAUUUAAGUUCACUGACAUCCACCACCAGCAAUAGGGCAUAUAGACAGGACAACAGUCAACAGAUGCAAACUGUCAAUAACAGCCCGCCUUUUUGUGGUCCAUAUAGAAGAAAUGGAGUUAGGUGCUAACAAAAUGAGCUGAGAGUUUUACAAGAGUCUUUGGAGUUUGUGUGCAAUAUUUUUAAGUAAUUUAACAGGGUUGGAAUCGUGCAAAAGUUGCAAGAUUAUAAAUAAUUCAAUUAGAUAAUAUAUAUCAGAUAAGCACUGAAAAUGGACGCAUAUAAGCGCGACGGCCUUGAAUUUGAGGUGACAGGAGUUUCUCGCAGUGGGAGAGUGCGCAAGAAAUCAUCAAAGCUGAUGGAUUUUGAAUCAUCUAGUAGUGUAAUUGAAAGUAAAAUUAAAAAACCGAAACUGCAAUCCCCACAAGAACAGGCAAGGAAAAAAAAAACGGAGUCACAAGUACAGUCCCCUGUGCCUCAUGUAACGCAUACCAUUCAUGUAGCUCAAAUUCAUCACCCACCUUCUAGCAAACUCAGUCCUGUACAGCCAAGAAAAAUGCCUAAACUGUCUCCUAUGACUGAACAGAGUAAGAAAAAAAUUGAACCCAGUUCAGACUACGAAACGCAGUCUCAAUCUACGGCUUCUGAAUCAGAGGAUGAAGAGCUUAACAAGAGGUUACACAUAGCUGAGUACAAUAAAAAAAAUCUAAGUUUAGAUACUGUAGAACUGGCUGAAGAUGAAAUUUUACCCGCUACUAAAAAAAAGACACCAAGUCCGAGAAAGCCCAAAAAAACUGUUUCUCCCAAACAAGAGGCAAAGCCUAAAACACAAGCUGUAGUUCCAGCAAAACCUAAAAUAAGAUAUACCGCUUACAUGUUGUGGAGUAAGGAAAAAAGGAAAGAAUUGUUGAAAGAAGAUUCUAGCAUGGAAUUUUCUGCUAUUUCAAAAAGAUUGGGAGAACUGUGGGCUGUAGUUCCUAACAUGGAAAAAUACAAUUGGACUAAUCGUGCAAAACGUUUGGCAGAAAAGAAUCAAAUGAUACCCCCAAAAAUUUUUAGCAUCAAAAGUAAUCAAAUGAAUUUGCCUUCAACCAACUCACCUAAAAAAAGCGUGUCAUUAUCUUUUAAUAAAUCGCCACCAUCUCGUUCUUUCAAAAGUGGAGGAGAUGCAUUAAAAGAUCCUACUAAAGAAAUAAAAAUGUUUAGAGCCAUUGAAUUGCAGCCUAUAGAUGUGGCUGCGUAUUUAAGGUUGUUGGGUGAAAGUUUGACUGUUAUUGGUGAAAGACUGAAGGAACAUAAUGGACAAAUAACUGUAUCUGGAAGCCUUUCAGUAUUAUUAGAUUCAUUAUUAUGCGCCCUUGGUAGCCUGAUUUGUCUCACCCAACAAAUCCCUGCGAUUGGGACACAAAAUACAACUUCUCUGUCGCAAACACUUGAUAAUAUAGCUUAUAUUAUGCCUGGUUUGUAAAAAACUUGCACGUUCAAUAGAUUUAUUGUGUGUGCUACAAAUUCAAGAGUGUUUUCAGAAAAUUUUAUUUUACUGUCUUACAUUUAACAUAAACUGUUAAUUUAUUUUAACAGUCAUCAUUUUUGAUUAAAAAGAGAAGCAUGUCUGUCACUCCUAUUUGUUGUAUAAAAAUGAAUUCUAACAUGAUCGUAUUAAUUAUCAUUAUUAGUUUGAGUAUGUGAUUUAAAAUAUGAUUCAUUAUAAUAUAUUACAUAUUAUUUAAACUGAAUGGUAUAAAAUGAAUGUCAUUAUUAAUCACAAAGUACUAUCAUAAAAAAAAUAACAAAUAUAUUUUGAUUAGAUUUGUGUUUGUUAGCGAUUAAAUUAUUUAAAGUAUAUUACAUAGUAUAUUUUAUUUGAAGGCAAUA